AUGAGUCAUUAUUCAUUAAUAAAUCAUUCCCGAGCACCAUCAACGAUCUGUUUUAGCUUACUGCUUGUUGGCGCAGUUGUAUUCACUGUCCGUGGAAGCGAUGACACUACGACCCCGGUAGCUGAAGUGGUUGUUGAAGAAUCCGCAGCUGGCCAACAGCAGCAGCAGUCGCCUAUAGCUGAAGCAAUAGUUCAGGAAAAGACACAUCACCGGCGUCCAUCUGUGGAAGAAGUGGAGCUUGCUGCGAAGGCUGCAAGUGAAAUACAUUCCCCUAAGGAAGCUGUGGAACUUGCGACAACUGAAAGCGAACAGCAUGAAGCGGAGAAAAAUGGGCAUGGAAGUGUGAGUGCCCGUAUUCCGUUUAAAAAAAUUUAUAGCAUUUUACAUUAG